AAAACAUACAAGAAAUUUGAGGCAGAGAUAUAUGUACUCCACAAAGGAUGAGGGUGCCGACACCCGCUUUCUUCUCUAACUACAGACCCCAGUUUUACUUGAGGACAGCUGAUAUCACUGGAAAAGUAGAGUUGCCUGAAAAUGUUAAGAUGGUUAUGCCCGGAGACAACGUUACUGCUGUGUUUGAAUUGAUUUCAGCAGUUCCACUUGAAGCAGGACAAAGAUUUGCCUUGAGAGAAGGCGGCAGAACAGUUGGUGCAGGUGUGGUGUCAAAAGUACUGAGCUAGUACCGUUCUCUGUGACUCAAGUUUUAGUCUACACAUUUGCAAAAAGGGGUUGCAAGCCCUGAGACCUGACUAUCUAUCCUGAAAAAUACAAACCAUGUGCCAAACAAUUAUUAUUUAGCGGUUGUGUUGGAUGAAAUUCAGUAAAUUGAGUAAAAUUUAGAGAAGUUAAUCUUCAAUGUUCA